ACAAGAUCUCAUUUGUGAUAUUUCUCUGGUAUGAGUCGAGCAAUUCCAAUGGCUACCAAUCCAAUUCCAAUUCGUCCAUGGUCCCGCUUGGGCUCCCUAAGAUCUCCUCCUGCUCCAGACUCACUUCCAAAACCUCAGUCUGCAGAACUUUCUGCCAAAACAACUAACACAUCCUCUCAUGACAAAAACCAAAAUGCCACCAAAUCUAUACCAAAAACACCAGAUGUUCACAGUCCAAUGCAGUCACAAAAGCUCAAACUCUCAACCCCAGUGACCUUUCCACCUUCCAGAAUGAAGUCUCAAGCUCAGCUUGAGAUUAAGAUAGCGCUAGAAGAAGUAACCACUGAAAAGCCUAAUGGAAAUGGAAAUGGCAGAAGCUCAUUGAAGAAUGAUUCGGAUGAAAAUGAAGUCAUUGCAAAAGAGGUGACAACUAAAGGGAAGGGUUCUGAUGGCCAUGGCAUAAGGGUCAUAACAAUUUUAGGGGAAAACAAAGGUGCAUACAUGCAAAUAACCAAACCCCACAAGAAACCCACUCACAAACUGAGAGCUGUGUACGCUAACAGUAAUGUGCAGUGUGUAAACAACUCAAUUGUGAUGAACACUCGUUUAACCCGCCAUGACCCAGGAAUGCACCUCAUUAUCCCAAAAAAACCAUUUGGGGAAGGAUUUCAUCUCAAGGAACGUUGAGAAGUUCAACGCAGUUGAUCUUUGGUUCUUUUUCGCUAAGCUUAAUUAUUUAUAUGGUGUGGUUGAUAUUUCCUACAAAGUAGAAAAAAAAGUAAAGAAUUAAUUAUACUGGCUCUAGGUUUUGAGCAUAUUGUAUUAUAGGAGUAAGAGCCCUAAUUGCUAUAUUGUUAGGGUGAUUUUGUAUUCCAAUAAAUUUUAACGAGAAAAUGCGU